GGUGACAUUUGACAAUGUCUGGGGACAUUUUUGGUUGUCACAACUUGGGGUGGGGGUGGAGGGAGGAUGCUACAGGCAUCUAGUGGCUAGAGGCCAGGGAUGCUGCUAAACAUCCUACAAUCACAGGACAUGCUUCCUCUCCAUCCAUGAAGAGUCAUUCGGCCCCGAAUACCAAUAGUGAGAAACCCUGGUGUAGAGGAAGGCGUGUGGACCUUGAGAUCUGUGAGACAUAGGUGUGAUGCCCACGUGCCCCGCUCUCUAGCUGUGUAAGCAGGAGUCUGGCUGUGGGAGUUGCAGGAGAAGCAGAGAGAACCAUGUCGAAGACUAUUGCAGUCGUUUGGGGAGAGGAUGGUAGUGGUGCAGGUUGGGAGAUGUGAUCAUAUUUGGGGUAUUGUUGAAAAUAGAGCUGACAGUAUUUGUUAGUUGAGUGUGGGCUGAGGGCAAGAGAGCCGUCUGGAUGAGAACAAGGUUUUUGGCCUGAGCAACUGGGUAAAUGGACGGUGGUGCCAUUUGCUGUGAUGGGAAGGGGGAAGCAGAGCAGGUUUCGGUGGAGGGUAGAUACCAAAAACAGGAGUCAGUUUUGGACACUUGGGGUGUGAGAUGCCUGAUAAUAGACAUCCAAGUGAAGGGGUCAAGUAGGCAGUUGAGUGUUCUUCUGAGGUUCGUGAGGAAUCAGCUGGGAUACACGCGGUGGAGGUGUCAGUUUACAAAGGCAUUUCAAGGAGUGUGACUGCGUUAGGUCAGUGACUCAACCUAUUGGAUCCAACACCCCUUUAUUACUGAUAUUUCAUAACAACCCCCUUUAUUAUCCUGAAAUGAAACUUAGGGUUAAUAAAAACUGCCUACACAUAACUUUAAAAAAAAAAAUCAACAAUGCCAUCACUAUAUUGUAAGAGGAAAGUAAUUGACAAUAAAAAUGUGUUUCAAUAUGCAGGUUCCCGGGCACAACGAUAAUAGAAGUCACAGUGAAGCAGCCACUUUUUCCUCUCUGCAUAACCUCUGGGAAUGUGGUUGCCAUAAGCACAGGCUGAUGUAGCCAUGUUGUGUUGGCACCGCAAAAACCAUGAAUGCCAUUGCUGUAGGUGCUGUGGUUUUUUCCGGAAUGGGAACUCCUGGUACCAUUUUUACAAAGAGUUCAGUCUCCCCUCAAUCAGCAGACCUGGGGACCUGUGAGCCCUGCAUCCAGUCAGCUAUGGAAAUGGUGGGCUUGGACCACCAGCCCCUGAGGACUCCACCUGGGGCUCCGUUGACCAUUGGAAUCAUGGAGGGAAGAGAACUCCUGUAGCCAGGAGACGUUCUUGCUGAGAGUCGUGGUCCAGCUCAGCCGGCCCUUCCCAUAGCUGUCUUCAGGAGGGUGUCGCCCCCGCCGACCAGGAGCUAGGGUGCUGCAGCUUCCCCGGAUGGGGAGGUGGGCCCUGGACGUGGCCUUUGUGUGGAAGGCGGUGUUGACCCUGGGGCUGGUCCUUCUCUACUACUCCUUCUCCAUUGGCAUCACCUUCUACAACAAAUGGCUGACAAAGAGCUUCCAUUUCCCCCUCUUCAUGACGAUGCUGCACCUGGCCGUGAUCUUCCUCUUCUCUGCCCUGUCCAGGGCGCUUGUUCAGUGCUCCAGCCACAGGGCCCGUGUGGUGCUGAGCUGGACCGACUACCUCAGAAGAGUCGCUCCCACAGCACUGGCAACGGCACUUGACGUGGGCCUGUCCAACUGGAGCUUCCUGUACAUCACCGUCUCGCUGUACACAAUGACCAAAUCCUCCGCCGUCCUCUUCAUCUUGAUCUUCUCUCUGAUCUUCAAGCUGGAGGAGCUGCGCGCGGCACUGGUCCUGGUGGUCCUCCUCAUCGCCGGGGGUCUCUUCAUGUUCACCUACAAGUCUACACAGUUCAACAUGGAGGGCUUCGCCUUGGUGCUGGGGGCCUCGUUCAUCGGUGGCAUCCGUUGGACCCUCACCCAGAUGCUCCUGCAGAAGGCUGAACUUGGCCUCCAGAACCCCAUCGACACCAUGUUCCACCUGCAGCCACUCAUGUUUCUGGGGCUCUUCCCUCUCUUUGCCAUAUUUGAAGGUCUCCAUUUGUCCACAUCUGAGAAAAUCUUCCGUUUCCAGGACACAGGGCUGCUUCUGCGGGUACUCGGGAGCCUCUUUCUUGGCGGGAUUCUCGCCUUUGGUUUGGGCUUCUCUGAGUUCCUCCUGGUCUCCAGAACCUCCAGCCUCACUCUCUCCAUUGCUGGCAUUUUUAAGGAAGUCUGCACUUUGCUGUUGGCAGCUCAUCUGCUGGGUGACCAGAUCAGCCUCCUGAACUGGCUGGGCUUCGCCCUCUGCCUCUCGGGAAUAUCUCUGCACGUUGCUCUCAAAGCCCUGCACUCCAGAGGUGACAGCGGCCCUAAACCCUUGAAGGGGCUGGGCUCCAGCCCUGACCUGGAGCUGCUGCUCCGGAACAGCCAGCAAGAAGAAGAUGACAAUGAAGAGGAAUACUUUGUGGCCCAGGGGCAGCAGUGACAGUCCAGGGAGCAGUUUGGAAGCAGGCUGCCUCCCAGUCCGUGCUGCUGCUGACACUUGACAGUGUCUCAGGGGCCUGGGUGGCUCCUCUCAGCAGCUGGGGAGCAGUAGGCCAGUACUUACCCAGGCGUGACCAUGUGGUAGGGCUAGGUCAGGGACUCAUGGCUCCCACCUUUAAUUGCUUGGGAGUGUGGUGAAGCAGAGGGGGCAAGCUCAGGCCAGCCUGGGACCUGGCUGGAGCUGGGCCCCAGCUGUGCUGGAAGGAGUGGCUGGUUCCGCUCCACUGUUGGCCAGGCGCUGGUAGCCAAGACUAAUUUCAGAGGCAUAGCAGCUUGCUAAGGGCAAUGAGUUUGGACUGCAGAGCAAUUGGGAAGGGGACAUGGAGAGGCUGGGGCCUCAUCACCUGGACAGCGCCAUUUUUCAGAGAACAGAUUUAUUUAUAGUUUGGAAAUAAAUGGUUUACGGUCCACUGGCCACCCUGUGUUGCCUGGAGGUGUGGGGGCAGGAAGGGGGCGGUGUGUCCUGGCCUCUGCCUUUCUUUCCCUGCCUGGGUCUGUCUUCAAAUGACUGGUCAUAAGCCAGGCCUGCUGUGUCUCUUAUGUUCCUGUUUGAGCUCUGCUGCUGCCCUCUCUUUGGGGCCCCACAACACCUGCAGGCAGGAAAUAAAUGAAUAUUUACUGAGUACAGUA